GGCCUCCCACUUCAACCACGCCAUUGCGCACCAAUGCCAGCCUAGCGAGCAGCCUAGAUUUACCUCCGUAGCUUAGCAAGAUCCGUCGCCGUACGCGCGUGCCACUUGAUCCGAGACCGAUGGAGACGCAGCUCGCGGCCGUGCUCGCCUCGCUCGCCCUCGGCGGCGCGCUCAUCGUGCUCCUCUUCGGCAAGUGGUGGCAGCCGCUGGCCGACGGCGACAAGCGCGUCAAGGAGCUGGACGACGCCGUCGAGGCCCUGCUGCAGCUGCGCGCCGACCUGCUCAAGCAGCUGGACGGCGCUCCCGAGCCGGAGCAGCCGCGCGCGUGGCUGCGGCGCGUGCAGGACGCGCAGGACGAGGUGGGCUCCAUCAAGGCGCGCCACGACGCCGGCCAGCUCUACGUCGUCCGCCUCCUGCACUACUUCCUCACCACCGGCCCCGUCGCCGGGCUGGCCGAGAAGCAGCUCAAGAUCGUGCGCGCCAUCCAGGAGCAGGGCGCGGCGCUGCUCGAGGCCGCGCUGGCCACGCCGCAGGCGCCGCCGCCCCUGCUCCUCCAGCCCGAGGAGCUGGAGCUCCCGCCCGGGACGGGGUCCGCCAGAGCCUGCCUCAACGACGCGCUCCGCUUCCUCGGCGACUGCGACGCCGCGCUCGGCGUCUGGGGCGCCGGCGGCGUGGGCAAGACCACGCUGCUGAGGCAGGUGCGCGACGUGUGCGGCCGCGUCGCGCCCUUCUUCGACCACGUCUUCCUCGUGGCGGCGUCCAGGGACUGCACUGUGGCGGAUCUCCAGAGCGAGGUCGUCGCCGUGCUCGGCCUGCGGGAGGCGCCCACCGAGCAGGCGCAGGCUGCCGGCAUCCUCAGCUUCCUCAGGGACAAGAGCUUCCUGCUUCUGCUGGACGGCGUGUGGGAGCGCCCGGACUUGGAGAGGGUUGGCAUCCCGCAGCCAUUUGGCGUGGUGGCCGGUAGGGUGAGGAAGGUGAUCGUGUCAUCCAGGAGCGAGGCGGUGUGCGCCGACAUGGGCUGCCGCAACAAGAUCAAGAUGGAGUGCAUGAAUGAAGAAGAUGCGUGGAGCCUGUUUGAAGCCAAUGUUGGCGAGGAGGCCAUCCGUGGCGGCACUCAGAUCUCCACGCUAGCAAGACAGGUGGCUGAAGAAUGCAAAGGCCUUCCUCUGUUCCUCGCCACCAUCGGCCGUGCCAUGUCGAACAAGCGUACACCAGAGGAGUGGGGCAAUGCACUUGACAAGGUAAAGAAGUCGCAGCUCAUGAGCACCACGCUCUCGGACAAGAGCACGCAAGCUCUAGUGAAGUUCUGCCUCGACAAUCUGGAGAGCGACACGGUGAGGGAGUGUCUCCUGACCUGCGCGCUCUGGCCGGAGGACCACAACAUCUCCAGGGAUGAGCUCGUACAGUGCUGGAUCGGCCUCGGCCUGCUCCCCAACCACGACGACGUCGACGAGGCGCUCCGGUUCGGGCACACGGUGGUCUCUGUCCUCGAGUCCUCGCGCCUCCUGGAGCAGGGCGAUAACCACCGGUACAACAUGAGCCCGUCUGACACGCACGUCAGGCUGCACGACGUCGUCCGCGACGCGGUGCUCCAGCUCGCGCCCAGCAAGUGGCUGGUCCGCGCCGGCGUCGGGCUUCGGGAGCCACCCCGCGACGAGGCGCUGUGGCGGGACGCGCAGCGCGUCUCGCUGAUGCACAACGUCAUCGAGGAGGCCCCUGCGAAGGCGGGCGGCGCGCUCUCAGACGCGCAGCCGGUGUCGCUGAUGCUGCAGUGCAACCACGCCCUGCCGCGGAAGAUGUUCCAGGCGAUCCAGCACUUCACCACGCUGACGUACCUGGACCUGGAGGACACCGGCAUACUGGACACGUUCCCGAUGGAGAUCUGCUGUCUGGUCAACCUGGAGUUCCUCAACCUGUCCAAGAACCGGAUCCUGGCGCUGCCGAUGGAGCUGAGCAACCUGAGCCAGCUCAAGUACCUCCACCUACGCGACAACUACUACAUCCAGAUCACCAUACCCCCGGGUCUGAUCUCGCGGCUCGGGAAGCUGCAGGUGCUGGAGCUUUUCACGGCGAGCAUCGUCUCCGUCGCGGACGACUACAUCGCGCCCGUCAUCGACGAGCUCGAGACCACCGGCGCGCGUAUGCCGUCGCUCGGCAUCUGGCUGGACAACACUCGCGACGUACAGAGGCUCGCGCGACUGGCGCCCGGCGUGCGCACCCGGUCAAUCCAGCUGCGCAAGCUGGACGGCGCGCGGUCCCUGGAGCUGCUGUCCGCGGAGCACGCGGCGGAGCUCGGUGGCGUGCAGGAGUGCCUGAGGGAGCUGGUGGUGUACUCGGCUGACAUCGAGGAGAUCGUCGCCGACGCUCACGCGCCGAGGCUGGAGGUCGUGAAGUUCGGGUUCCUGACAAGGCUCCGCGUCAUGGAGUGGUCGCAUGGGGCGGCGUCCAACCUCCGGGAGGUGGCCCUCGGCGCGUGCCAUUCCCUGACGCACAUGACCUGGGUGCAGCACCUCCCUUGCCUCGAGUUGCUCAACCUCAGCGGAUGCAACGGAAUGACCAGGUUGAUUGGCGGUGUGGCUGACGGUGGCAGCCCGGCCGGCGAACUGUUGACGUUCCCACGGCUGAGGCUUCUGGCGCUACUGGGCCUACCGAAGCUGGAGGCCAUCCGCAGCGACGGCGGGGAGUGCUCAUUCCCGGAGCUGCGGCGGUUGCAGGCCAGGGGGUGCUCGAGGUUGAGGUGCAUACCGAUGAGGCCGGUGGCGAGCGGGCAGGGCAAGGUGAGGGUGGAGGGCGACAAGCACUGGUGGAACGGGCUUCAGUGGGCGAGCGACGACGUCAAGUCCUGCUUUGUUCCCGUGCUACUCUGAGGUUACUGCUAGCUGCUCACACGAGCAUGAACUUGAUCUGUUUGAAAAUUGAUAAAUAAAUCGGGUACAUCAGCAUGGUAGGAAGGGACAACCGAACAAAGCAUACAUGGAUUUUUUUUAGAGACAAGGAAACUGGGUUGGGCUGUUCUUGUUUUCCUCUUA